AUUUUAAUAAAAAGGAAAGAGAUUUGUCCCCGGGGGAAGAGGAAAUGGCGAGAAAACACCAGGGGAUAGACAUUUCUCUUUCUAAAAUGACUGCAGUGAAGUCCUGGGGCCAAAAUAGAAACCUGUAGAUAGACAACCCCCCACCCCCAUCCCCGUUUAUAAAUAGAAGUUUCCAGUAUCCUAUUUGGAAGAAUUUCUUUUCUAAUACUUUUAGGCGUUGAAUGAUUGUAAGGGUCUGUUUGGUACCCACAAUAAGGCUGGGUGCUGUUCAGGACAACUAAGUCAAUGGAGGGGAGAGACCGUUCGGGAAAACGGGUAUUCACGCAUUACCUUGUUCUUCUCCUCAGUUUUGAAAGGUUUACAGCAAUAUUUUCUUGAAAAGACUAAUUUAUUCUGGGCUUGGUGGUCAGGAAUGGCAUCCUAGAUUUCUAAGUUGUCGUUUACUGAGCCCCGAGGAGGAGUUCCAGUUAUGGGUUGAGUAAAUGCCAUGACUAGAUGUCAAAAUCCUUCCUUCCCUCUGUCCCCUGCUGGGGAUAUCCCACUCUGUUGUGAAAAAAAAAAAAAUUAAGUUUCAGGGGAGGUGGUGCGGCAGCGCCACCCCUUGGUGGGCGAAACUAUUGGUAAAAGCCGAGUAUUUGAAAAAUAAUUGUGAAAUGACCGUAAUUAAUUAGGCAUGUGGCCCCAACUCCCUCUGAGAGAUAUUCAAAAACUUUGAGAGAUGAAACUUUUAAAUUAAAUACUUUGCAGUUCAUCUCUUAAAUAGGAUAGAAACACGUUGUUUUCAAAACGAGCACAAUGUCCUUCCCGUAAAUUAAGGGGCACCCUUGCCGGGGUGGAGGUGGGCUGUAGUUGGCUCUUAGCUGCAUCUUCACUGGGCUGAUGUAGCUAUGUUUCCACUUCGGACUUGACUGCUCAGGGUACCCGAAGUCUGCUGGUGGUCUGAGUUUGAGAAUAGGAGGAAUGUUUUGGUGCGAAAACCCUUAGGAACGAAAGUGCUCUAGUCUCCCCCGGGUCUGUGGUGGCGUGUGCCCGGGUGGUGGGGAGAGGCUUGUGGACCGCAGGUAGCAGCGGUAGGCUGGGCUGCAGCCAUGUGGGAGUCAAGGCAGUGUGGCGCGUGCCGGUUUCCUACACUGCGCAACAAGUGGGACCUCAGCGACGCGCGAGGGCUCUGCACAGUGGCCCAGCUGGCCGGCUUCUUUUCGCUCCUUCCAACCCUUCCUGCUUCCCAUUUCCAGACCCUCACCUCUCGAAGGACAUAUUCAGUUCGGUUCCCUUCUUCUGCUUUUGCUCAGUGGGUCAAGGUCUUAACUCCGGCUCCCCCUUCCUCCGUGGGGAUGGUUCGUGAGCUUAUUCCUGGCCUUUGCCUCUCUCUCUCUCUCUCUCUCUCUCUGUCUUUCUCUCUGUCUUUGUCCCCCCUCCCCCUUCCCUCUCUCUCUCUCCUCUUCUUUCUCUCUCCUUUUGCAUGAAUUUCUCCUAAUACUUUCAGGUAUCACUUUUUUUUAAGUGAGUGUAGCCAGCUUUGAGGAGGAGAGGAGGGGAACAAAUAACCAAAUAAUACCCGAAAGCAGUUCCCGGAACGGUGCGGUGUUAGAUAGAGGCGUGAGGGCCGGAAGAACAGAGUUGCAUCUGCUCAACUAAAUGUUUUCCUACUUCAGUUUUGGAAGCAUCUCCUCCCCCUCCCCCCUCCCGCCACCCCCAAGAAACAGACAGAAAGCCUCUGGACAGGGCUACUGUGGAAGUCUAGGCUAACAGGGUGUUUCUUGAACGGACCGAGUCCGCCACCUAGUGGUAGGUUAUGGUCAGGGUUCCUGCUCGGAGCGGUGGUCUGAUCUGAUCAGCCAGGACUGAUGGGAAGGGCAUUCUCCAACGAAGAUGGCAUUUGACUUUCAAAGUUUUGGCAAGACAGAUGAAAACCAUAUGCUCACGCCGUUCACAUCCACACUGGCUCAGUCUUAAAUAUCUAUCUCAACUAAGAAACGGUCCUGUCUUUGAGGACAUCUGUGACUUCACGGACAAAGUUGGUAGCAGAACAAGAUGACACCCGAAACCCUCCAGGAUCUUUAGGAUUUAAACUUCGUCGUUGUUUUUGUGGAAUUAGGCCGAACAUUUUAAAGCAAAAUUUUGGACUGUGAAGCGAGGCAUUGGGCGAAGACAACAUGGCCUCACCGGCUGACAGCUGCAUCCAGUUCACCCGCCACGCGAGUGAUGUUCUUCUGAACCUUAAUCGCCUCCGGAGUCGGGACAUCUUGACAGACGUUGUCAUUGUGGUGAGCCGUGAACAGUUCAGAGCCCAUAAGACAGUGCUCAUGGCCUGCAGCGGCCUCUUCUACAGCAUCUUCACUGACCAGUUGAAGUGCAACCUUAGCGUAAUCAAUCUGGAUCCUGAGAUCAACCCCGAGGGGUUCUGCAUCCUCUUGGACUUCAUGUAUACAUCUAGGCUCAACCUGCGGGAAGGAAACAUCAUGGCUGUGAUGGCCACAGCCAUGUACCUGCAGAUGGAACACGUUGUGGACACGUGCAGGAAGUUCAUCAAGGCCAGCGAAGCAGAAAUGGCCCCGGCACUUAAGCCUCCCCGAGAAGAGUUCCUGAACAGCCGGAUGCUGAUGCCCCAUGACAUCAUGGCCUACAGAGGGCGUGAAGUCGUGGAGAACAACCUGUCGCUAAGAAAUACUCCUGGCUGUGAGAGCCGAGCCUUUCCCCCUAGCCUCUACAGUGGCCUGUCAACACCGCCAGCCUCGUAUCCUAUGUACAGCCAUCUUCCACUCAGCAGCUUCCUUUUUUCUGAUGAAGAGCUACGAGAUGCCCAUGCCCGCAUGCCUGUGGCCAACCACUUCCCCAAGGAACGGACCCUCUCCUGCGACAGUGCCAGGCCAGUCCCCGGUGAAUAUAGCAGACCGGCCAUGGAGGUGUCCCCCAGUUUGUGCCACAGCAACAUCUACUCACCCAAGGAGGCAGUCCCAGAGGAGGCACGGAGUGACAUGCACUACAGUGUGACUGAGGGCCCCAAGCCUGCUGCCCCCUCUGCCCGGAACGCCCCAUACUUCCCCUGUGACAAAGCCAGCAAAGAAGAAGAGAGACCCUCUUCGGAGGAUGAAAUCGCCCUGCAUUUCGAGCCCCCUAAUGCACCCUUGAACCGCAAGGGUCUGGUUAGUCCCCAGAGUCCCCAGAAAUCUGACUGCCAGCCCAACUCACCCACAGAGUCCUGCAGUAGCAAGAACGCCUGCAUCCUUCAGGCCUCUGGCUCCCCGCCGGCCAAGAGCCCGACUGACCCGAAAGCCUGUAACUGGAAGAAGUAUAAGUUCAUUGUGCUCAACAGCCUCAACCAGAACGCCAAAUCGGAGGGCACCGAGCAGGCAGAGCUGGGCCGCCUCUCCCCUCGAGUCUACCCUGCCCCACCUGUCUGCCAGCCACCGUUGGAGCCUGAGAACCUUGGUCUCCAGUCCCCAACCAAGCUCAGUGUGAGUGGGGAGGACUCAACUAUCCCCCAAGCCAGCCGACUCAACAACAUCGUGAACAGGUCCCUGACAGGCUCCCCCCGAAGCAGCAGUGAGAGCCACUCGCCACUUUACAUGCACCCCCCAAAGUGCACGUCCUGUGGCUCCCAGUCCCCACAGCAUACAGAGAUGUGCCUCCACACGGCUGGCCCCACGUUCCCCGAGGAGAUGGGAGAGACCCACUCAGAGUACUCAGAUUCUAGCUGUGAGAACGGGGCCUUCUUCUGCAAUGAAUGUGACUGCCGCUUCUCUGAGGAGGCCUCACUCAAGAGGCACACGCUGCAGACGCACAGCGACAAGCCGUACAAGUGUGACCGCUGCCAGGCUUCCUUCCGCUACAAAGGCAACCUCGCCAGCCACAAGACCGUCCACACGGGUGAGAAGCCCUACCGCUGUAACAUCUGUGGAGCACAGUUCAAUCGGCCAGCCAACUUGAAGACCCACACGCGCAUUCACUCUGGAGAAAAGCCCUACAAAUGUGAAACCUGUGGGGCCAGGUUUGUGCAGGUAGCCCACCUCCGUGCCCAUGUGCUCAUCCACACUGGAGAGAAGCCGUAUCCGUGUGAAAUCUGCGGCACCCGCUUCAGGCACCUUCAGACUCUAAAGAGCCACCUGCGCAUCCACACGGGAGAGAAACCUUACCAUUGUGAGAAGUGCAACUUACACUUUCGUCACAAAAGCCAGCUGCGACUUCACCUGCGCCAGAAGCACGGUGCCAUCACCAACACCAAGGUGCAAUACCGCGUGUCGGCUGCUGACCUGCCUCCGGAGCUCCCCAAAGCCUGCUGAAGCAUGGAGUGUUGACUCUUUUCUCCCUAGCCCUUUCUCAGAACCUCCCCAAAGGAUGCUGUAACACUUUACAAAGGUCACCCCAUGAUGUAGUGCCUCUCUCAUCCACUAGUGCAGAUCAUAGUUGGGGCGGGGGGUGGGGGUGGGGUUCGCGGGACGGGGAGCCAAGGCAGCUCCCUUUCCCACACUGCCAUACAACAUUAAGAAAAUACUAUUGCUUCUUCUCCUAUAUGUAAGGCAAACAAACCAUGUCAGCAAAAAGCAAAAUCAUUUUCUAUAUCAAAGUAGGGGAGAAGGCAAAAGUCCUGACGUGACAGGUUGCAAUGCGAGGAAUGUAAACGUUCUGUGGGAACAGAAAUCUCUUUUGUAUGUAAAUGUGUAUUGUUUUCAAAGACAAGACUUCAGUAUGUUGUCAAAGAGAGGGCUUUAAUUUUUUUAACCAAAGGUGAAGGAAUAUAUGGCAGAGUUGUAAAUAUAUAAAUAUAUAUAUAUAAUAUAAAUAUAUAAACCUAAAAAGAUAUAUUGAAAAUAUAGAACUGCGUUAAAGGCUCGAUUUUGUAUCUGCAGGCAGACACGGAUCUGAGAAUCUAUUGAGAAAGAGCACUUCAGAGAAUAUUUUAAGUAUUGCGUCUGUAUAAGUAAGAAAAUAUUUUGUCUAAAAUGCCUCAGUGUCUUUGUAUUUUUUUGCAAGUGAAGGUUUACAAUUUACAAAGUGUGUAUUAAAAACAAAAAAGAACAAAAAAAAGCUGCAGAAGGAGAAAUGUAUACUUUUGUUCCAGUUUUCAGUUUGUAUAUACCUGUAACGUGUCCUCACGGUGCCUUUUUUCACGGAAGUUUUCAACGGUGGGCGAGCGUGCGCCAUCCCUUUUUGAAGUGUAGGCAGACACAGGGACUUGAAGUUGUCACUAACUAAACUCUCUUUGGGAAUGUCUGACUCCUCCCACAUUCUGCGUCAUGCUUGUCGUUAUAAUUACUCCGGAGACAGGGUUUGGCUGUGUCUAAACUGCAUUAUUGCGUUGUAAAAUAUAGCUGUACAAAUAUAAGAAUAAAACGUUGAAAAGUCAA